AUUUAUGCAUCGUGACUGUUAGUUAAAAAUCUGAAACUACGUUUCGGUUAUGUGUGUGGACUUCGCUUUUAUUAUUAUAGAAUUUUUGUUAAAGUGAUAAGCAUUCUCAGUUUUAUUGAAAUCACAUAUCAUCCGCUUUUGAUAAAAGUUAUUAUUAACUAUAAAUGUGUGACUAUUGAAUAUUGCUAUUAUAGAGAAAUAAUAAGUAAUGAAUCAGUAUUAGAUUCUGUAUAUUAACAGAAUUUGUACUGUAGAACUUGAUAUCAAUUUAUGCCAAUAUCAAUUUUUCGACUCUCGCAAUUUUGAUAUAAAAGUCACAGUCAUGUCGAAUGCAAAGGUUAAUUCGGAAGCAACCGAACUACAAUCAUUCAAGACAGUCUUGUAUCAUAGUGUGGUGAUACUUGCCUUACCUGUGAUAGCGUUCUUUACAAGCAAAGUUUUUCUUUUUGAUGGUAUAUUGGGUCUAACUAAUAUUCGAAGUAAUGUAUACUCUGCUGGCAUCGCGGUUUUAGUGUUACAUGUUGCUUUAGGAGCUUUUAUAUACAGAGCAUACUUUGACGAUCGAUCAAGAACACCAGCAGUUAAGAGAGAUUAAUUCUUUAUUGUUAAGUACACCUUUGUGACCACAUGCUUCUGACAUAAUCAAAGUCAACAUAUUUGUUAAUAUGUAUUGUUAAAUUAAAACUAUGAUAUAUUUUGUUUAGUUGAUUGACAGAUGUUUUCUGUACUUUAAGUCAAAUGAUCAGGUAAAAAACAGUUGCAAUUUGUUAAAAAUUAACAAAUAACAUAGAUGGAUUAUUCACAUAGAAAAUAAUUUUCAGUAAUUUAUAUCCUAAGAUUUCUUUGAACAUGAUAUUUGUAAUGUAAACUUUAAAUGUACCAUUUGAUGUUAAGUAAUUACAUAUUUCUAUGUAUGAAUAAAAGUACAGUAAAAUCA